UUAGUUAUAGAAAUGGAGGGAUAAGUGGGUGUUUUAAUCCCUAACCCUCUUCUAAUCCCUAUCCCUCCAAACAAAUACGAGAUUUCUUUCUAUUCCUAUUUUUUAUUCUUGUCCCACCCUUUCUAUUCCCCUAAACAGAUAGUAUUUUUUUUUUUUGAAACCAACACCCUCUUGGAACUUCGUAAGUUCGUAGUAGUAUUUUCGUUGGCAGAACCUGAAAAAACAGAACACUAGCAAUUUACUCCGUAGCAAGCGUAGCAACUUCAACAAAUUAUAACAAUGGAAGCGGGAACUCUCCACCUCCAUAUCCAUUCUAUUUAUUGCACACCUAAACGACCUUUCCGAUACCACCGUUCAUCUUCCCCGACUUUCCCGCGCUUCUCCAUUUCCUGCUCUUUUCAGUCCGAAGGCUUCAAAGGUCCGAAACCUAGCAGAAAUUUGGUCGCUGAUUGGGUCUCAAACAACGACAAUGUCGCUCGUAGCUUGCCUAUUUAUGUCGGUGGUUUCUCUCUCCUCGCUGUUCUCUUUAAUCGUACUGUUUCCGGCAUUGCUCCUGUUGCCGACGCUAGUAGCUCACAGUCAAGGGCAGAUCUGUUGGCUCUUGGAUUGGCUGUUACGAAUAUCUUAACUGGUCUUGUUUGGCUAUCAAUUAGGCCCAAGGCUAUCUCUAAGGUGGAUCCUGAAGGUGUGGAGUGUCGCUGGAUAUCUUCCAGCCUCCCUGAUUCUGCUAUUUCUGAAUUGGAAUGGUUUUGGCAAUCUCUUUCAGCUGCCACAUGCUGCAGAUCCUUGGUCGUUAUCUAUGAGGAGAGUUGUAUCUGUCAAAUUGGUGUGGCAGCUGAAUCAUUGAUUAGUGGUGAAGCAGAGAAUGUAGACGCAAAAAAAUUGAUUCAGGGCACACUUUACAGAGGCAUCAUGAAAUCUGGAGCUCAGAGCUACUUGGCAAAUCUCUCUCUGUAUCCCGGCAGGUCUGAACUUCCAUUUUUGCCAUCAAAUACACAGGCUGUCAUUUUGCAGCCACUGGGGGACAAAGGAAUUGUAGUUAUAGGUGGUGAUACAAUAAGGGGGUUUUCCACUGCUGACCAGGCAUGGAUAUCAUUAAUCGGUGACAAAUUGGAUGCUACAUUGACGAAGUCUGUGACUGGGGAUGCACUAAUGACUCCAGAUAAAGGUCGAUAAUGAUAAUGUGUAUUCUCAUUGUGGCGCAGUAAUUUGCACGGAUGCUAGUUACUGAAGCCUAUAGGCAAGAUUCUGGUCCCAAUGUCUCAUAAGUGUCGCAGGGAACAUCAGUAUCCCGUCUCAGAUAAUACGUCGAAGGAGAAGUAUAUAGUUCAUUCAAUUUUCUUUGUACAUUACCAUCAACUGUGAGUUUCCGAAUCUUGUGUCCAUGGGCUUCCACACUGGUUGAUUUCUCAAUUAGUUUAAAAUAGAUUAACAGAAUACACAGCCGCUGAUACAUUUUCCAAGAAGUGCAAAUUAUCUAUUUUCUGUUUAUUCCCUUGAUGUUUGCAAUGAUUUAUUCAGUACUUAAUGUUAAACUUGAUUUUGCCCCCAGAUAUAUUAUCAGAUAGAAAUUACUCUGUAAAA